AUGAUUCAAAAGUUUAUACGUAACCACCACACCAUUGCAAAUAGUAUUAUGCCAGAUCCUGGCUAUGAAAUUGAAGAAUUCCAAUAUUAUACAUGGCAAAUCACAAGUUGGACAAUUUUAGAAAAAAGGAUAACAGGUCCUGAAUUUGAAGCUGGAGGUUGGAAAUGUAGUUCAGAUAAUAAUUCAGACGUUGUUUCAAUUUAUCUGGAUUUUGCUGAUACAAAAUGUGUACCUGACGGUUGGCAUUGUUGUGUGCAAUUUGCUUUGAUGUUAUGGAAUCCAGAAGAUCCAUCAUUUUAUGUUUCAUAUAGUGUGCAUCAUCGUUUCACCGCUGAAGAACCAGAUUGGGGAUUUACGCGGUUUUACGCUCAAAAAAAGCUGUUUACCCGACAUAAAACUAAUCCUCGUCCGUUAAUAGAAAAUGAUACCUGUAAUAUUACGGCCUUCGUUCGCAUUAUUAAAGACCCAACUGGUGUCUUAUGGCAUAAAUUUAUAAAUUAUGAUUCAAAAAAAGUGACUGGAUAUGUUAACCUGAAAAACCAAGGAACAUCAAGUUAUUUAAAUGUUGAGCUGCAAUUAUUAUAUAGCAUAAAAUAUUUUCGUAAAGCAAUAUAUCAAAUCCCGACGGAAGAUGACGAACCAAUUAAAAGUAUUCCUUUGGCUAUACAAAGGAUUUUUUAUAAUUUGCAAGUAUCAGAUACACCAGUUGAAACAACUGAAUUAACGAAAAAAUCUUUUGGGAUGGAUCCGGUAGACGGUUAUAUGCAAUAUGAUGUACAGGGGUUUGAUAGAAUGUUACUAGAUUGUUUAGAAAAUAAAAUGAAGCUGGUGCUGUUUGUAGGAGAAAUAAAGAAUUAUGUUAGAUGUGUUAACGUAGAUUAUGAGAGUUCAUUUAUUGAAGAUUAUUAUGGUAGUAGUAAAUAUAUGUGUUUAUAUACCUAUAAACUUUAUAGUUGGGUUAAAGUAGCAUUUGAUUUUAUCGCGAUAGAUAUUCAACUUGAAGUAAAAGGAUGCAAAACUUUAAAUGAUUCUUUUCUAGAAUAUAUUCGUGAAGAGUCUUGUGAAGGAGAUAAUAAAUACCAAACUGAAAUCUAUGGUUUGCAAAUAAAUGAUCAUUACGAAUAUCCCAUGGAAAUUGAUUUACAAGGUUAUUUAUCAUCAGAUAGCGAUAUGUCAAAAUCGUAUAAUUACUUACUUCAUGGUGUAAUUGUUCACAAUGAUGAAUCACAUGAAGGCAGCUAUUACAUUCUUUUAAAACCAGAAAAGAAUGGCAAAUGGUUUAAAUUCGAUGAUAAUAGAGUUACACCUGUAACGGAAAAAGAUGUAUUUGAAAACAAUUACGGCGGUGAAGUUCCUAAAAUAAUCGGAACAAAUGUUAACCAAUUUACAAGUGCAUAUAUCUUGGUGUAUAUCCGUGAAUCUGAUAUCGACUUUGUACUAUCUCCAGUACUUGCUAAAGACAUACCAAAACAUAUACGUAAGGAAAGAUGCAUAGAUAAAGAGAAAGCUUUAUAUGAACAGAUAAAAAAAGAAGCUAAAGAGCAUCAUUUAUAUUUGACUAUUAAGAUCCUGACUUUAGCUACCUUUGAACAUCACCAAGGGUUUGAUCUUGCUAAUAUUGACGAUCGACAAUACCCACUAUCUGAAUUUACGCAAUUUAAGAUUUUAAAAAGUGAAAUAUAUGGUGCUUUUAAAGCUGCGAUUGUUCACAAAUUUGGUAUUCCAGCCGAGCAAAUGAGAUUCUGGGUUCUCGUAACUCGCCAAAAUAAAACUGUUAGACCAGAUAUUCCAAUACCAGACAAUUUUCUUGGCAUAGCAAUGGAAGAAGUUUAUACAAGAACGGCUUCGAGACAAAAUGAACUGAAAUUGUUUUUGGAGGUGGCAGAUAAACAAAUUAAUGACAAAGCAUGGUUUCCAACAAUAGGAAAUGAUUCUCAUAUAUUAAUUUUCAUCAAUUACUUUGAUACUGAUAAACAAUCCUUAAAAGGUGUUUGUUCUUUAUAUGUUCGAAAAUUUGAUAAAAUUGGUGCAAUCAUUCCAAUCCUUUGUGAGAAAAAGAAUUUUCCACAAAACACACCCUUGAAUAUAUACGAAGAAAUAAAACAAAUCAUGAUUGUAGAAAUGAAACUCGAAUUGACUUUUCAGCAAUCUGAGACACAAAAUGGUGAUGUAAUUUGCUUUCAAAAAGCUUUAACAGAACAUGAAAUACAAGAACAUACAGCUGCAGGUCAUAUUUGUGAUAUUCCUACAUUCUAUGAAUCAUUAUCUAUGCGUUUUCGCGCCGCUAAACACGUUGCUUCUUUUUUAAAAACGGAUCCUUUGAAAUUACGGUUUACGGUACGUCAAAGGUCUGGUCAAUACAAAACUAUACCUCAUAGUACGACUAAACAAACAUUAUCAGAAAUACUUCAAGAUUCAAUGUUUCAACAUGUAUUGUAUUAUGAAAUACUUGAUAUUAGUAUUAUUGAAUUAGAAACAAAAAAUUUCAUUAAAGAAAUACCACAAGAUGAAAUUGAAUUAGGAACUAAUGAUGAAAUUAUUAAUGUAUUUCAUUUUACUAAGAAGCCGUUACGUGCGCAUGGAAUUCCAUUUAAAUUUGUUCUUAAAACUACAAAGUUACGUCUUCGAUUACGUUUAGGAAUGAAUGAGGAAGAUUUCUUGAAAGUGAAAGUUGCAAUUAUACGAGCUACAUUAUAUGCUAAGCCUCAGUAUAUAGAGAAUAAUGAUGUUAUUCUAUCAGAUUAUGGAUUGUCAAAUGAACUUUUAGGUCUUGACCAUGUGGUUAAAACGGGACGUGCGGAAAGAAUAGGCGGCGAAAAAGCGAUGUAUAUUAGGGGAUAA